AUGGACGACCUACUUAAGAGCAUCCACGGUGACAACCUCCCCCUGGAGAGUUUCUCGACGACGGCGGCGGGGAACAGCAGAGACGGGGUUGGCGGGGGAGGAGAGGGAGGGUCGCUGUCGCGGCAGGGGAGCUUCUCGCUGCUGAAAAGCAUGGGGAACAAGACUGUGGAUGAGUUGUUUAAGGAGAGCGUGGCGUCGAGUGAUCAGAGGCGGGGAGGUGCAGGGGAGGAUCUGGAGUGUAUGACUCUGGAGGAGUUUCUGACCAAGGCUGGGGUAGUGAGAAAGGAAGAUGUGAGGAUUCCGGUGACGGGCGGAGCAGGGAGUAACAGUGUGGAUGUGAUAAUGAACGGACAGUUUCAGGCGCCGCAGAUGCAAUCGCAGAGUGUUGAUGGCGCAACGGUGGCCUUUGGGAAUGGCAUUGAUGGAAGAGUUAUUGGUGCUGAAAGAGGGCAGAGGACAGUGGUGGAGGACCCGGUGGAUAAGGCUACGCAGCAAAAAGCAGCGGCGGAUGAUCAAGAAUAG